GCAGGAAUGUGAGCGUCGGAGCCGAACCGCCGACCUGCUACGUUUCGUUCUUCCAGGGUUCGGCUCGGGUUCUGUACCUGUCGGGCAGCAGUUGAAGCAGCUCGCAGCCGCUUCUUUUCCGUCUUCCGCCGUUGCCUUUGGCCCAAGAGCGAGAAAUCAGAACAACAAUAGCCGCCGCGGAGCCGCGAAGCGCGGCGGAGGCGCGGGCGGAGGCGGUGGGAGCAGCUUCCUCACGGCGGAAGGACACGGCGCAGGUCCUGCAGGACAAUGUGAGACACACCGAGUGGAAGCAGCCGAGCCAGGAUGGGAGCGGGCACCGAUUAACGCUCAUCCCGGCGGGUCUACAGCCACAGCUUUCUUCAAAAUCCGCCUUUUUCGCCAGAGGACGCGACCGCAGCGAUGGGAAGGCGGCGCUGAGGAGAAGGAGGCGGCAGGGCCAAGAAUCUGGGAAAGAUGGGUGUCGCGCUGCGGAGCCUGUUGUUGUGUAGUUUUUGUCUUCUCAUACGAGGUGUGCCAUUGCUGCUUUAUGCAAACCGUCGGGACCUUCGGCUUGUGGAUGCGGCACAUGAGAAAGCUAACGCCACGGUGGUGGUGGGAGGACUGGAGGACGCGGCCGCUGUGGACUACGUCUACUCCCAGGGCCUCAUCUACUGGAGCGACGUGAGUGAGGAGGCCAUCAAACGCACAGUGUACAACCAGUCGGGGGCCAGCGUGGUCCAGACGGUGGUUUCGGGUUUGGCCUCCCCGGACGGACUGGCUUGUGAUUGGUUAGCGAGUAAACUUUACUGGACGGACUCAGAAACCAAUCGUAUCGAAGUGGCAGAACUGGAUGGAUCUUUGAGGAAGGUUUUGUUCUGGCAGGAGCUGGACCAGCCAAGAGCCAUUGCGCUGGACCCGGAACGAGGGUUCAUGUACUGGACAGAUUGGGGCGAGAUCCCAAAGAUUGAGCGGGCCGGAAUGGACGGGACCAAUCGCUCCAUGAUCAUUGAUAAAGAUAUCUACUGGCCCAACGGACUGACUCUGGACUACAGCCAGCAGAAACUGUAUUGGGCCGAUGCCAAACACAACUUCAUUCAUCGUGUCAACCUUGACGGCUCCUCCAGGGAGGUGGUGGUGAAAGGGGAGCUGCCUCACCCCUUUGCUCUCACCCUGUACGAUGACACUCUGUUCUGGACGGACUGGAACACUCACUCCAUCCACUCCUGCAAAAAAGAGACCGGAGCCGAAAAACGCAUCGUCCACUCCGACAUUUUCUCUCCCAUGGACAUCCACGUCUUCAGCCCGAAGAGACAGUCCAGCUUGAGCACCCCCUGCUCUGUGAACAACGGAGGUUGCUCCCACCUCUGCCUCCUUUCCCCAUCCAAGCCCCACUACCAGUGUGCUUGUCCUACUGGGGUCCAGCUCCUGGAGGACGGGAAAACCUGCAGAGACGGUGCGACUCAGAUGCUGCUGUUGGCUCGGAGAACAGACCUUCGACGAAUCUCUCUGGACACGCCGGACUUUACCGAUAUCAUCCUGCAGGUGGACGACAUCCGACACGCCAUCGCCAUCGACUAUGACCCGGUGGAGCGCUACAUCUACUGGACGGACGAUGACAUGAAGGCCAUCCGCCGCUCCCUGCUGGACGGCAGCGACGCCCAGUUUGUAGUCACGUCCCAAGUCAACCACCCCGAUGGAAUUGCUGUUGACUGGAUUGCACGAAACCUGUACUGGACCGACACCGGCACAGACCACAUUGAAGUGACGCGACUCAAUGGGACCAUGCGCAAAAUUCUGAUCUCUGAAGACCUGGAUGAGCCCAGAGCCAUUGUGCUGGACCCUGUUGCUGGAUACAUGUACUGGACUGACUGGGGCAAGGUGCCAAAGAUCGAACGUGCUGAUCUGGAUGGCAUGGAGCGGCUGGUGAUGGUGAACACCUCUCUGGGUUGGCCCAACGGCCUCGCACUUGACUACGACGAGCGCAAAAUCUACUGGGGCGACGCCAAGACGGACAAGAUCGAGGUGAUGAACAUGGACGGGACCGGGAGGCGGGUGCUGGUGGAGGAUAAGCUUCCUCACAUCUUCGGCUUCACCCUGCUGGACGACUACAUCUACUGGACCGACUGGCAGCGCCGCAGCAUUGAACGGGUCCACAAACACACCGCGGAGAGAGAGUUCAUCAUCGAUCAGCUGCCCGACCUCAUGGGCCUCAAAGCCGCUUGUGUCCACAAGUCUUUCGGUACGAAUCCGUGUGCGGAGAACAACGGGGGCUGCAGCCACCUCUGCCUCUACAAGCCUCAGGGCGUUCAGUGUGGGUGUCCCAUCGGCCUGGAGCUCAUCGCUGACAUGCGGACCUGCAUCGUCCCCGAGGCCUUCCUGCUCUUCUCCCGACACACAGACAUCCGCCGCAUCUCCCUGGAGACCAACAACAACAACGUGGCCAUCCCACUUACUGGCGUCAAGGAGGCCUCGGCGCUCGACUUUGACGUCACAGACAACCGCAUCUACUGGACCGACAUCACUCUGAAAACCAUCAGUCGGGCCUUCAUGAAUGGCAGCGCUCUGGAGCAUGUGGUAGAGUUUGGUCUAGACUAUCCAGAGGGGAUGGCGGUAGACUGGUUGGGGAAGAACCUUUACUGGGCUGAUACUGGCACCAACCGCAUUGAGGUGGCCAAACUGGACGGGCAGCACCGGCAGGUCCUGGUCUGGAAGGAUCUGGACAGUCCUCGGGCUCUGGCCCUGGAUCCUGCUGAGGGGUACAUGUACUGGACCGAGUGGGGCGGGAAACCCAAGAUUGACAGAGCAGCGAUGGAUGGGACCGGGCGCGUCACGCUGGUGGCUGAUGUGGGCCGAGCCAACGGACUGACUAUCGACUACGCAGAGCGCCGCCUGUACUGGACUGACUUGGACACCACGCUCAUAGAGUCCUCCAACAUGCUGGGUCAGGACCGUGAGGUCAUAGCUGAUGACCUCCCUCACCCCUUUGGCCUCACCCAGUACCAGGACUACAUCUACUGGACCGACUGGAGCCAGCGCAGCAUCGAGCGAGCCAAUAAGACGAGCGGGCAGAACCGCACCGUCAUCCAAGGCCACCUGGACUAUGUCAUGGACAUCCUGGUGUUCCACUCAUCCAGACAGGGAGGCUGGAACGCCUGCGCCUCCACCAACGGCCACUGCUCCCACCUCUGCCUCGCAGUCCCAGUCAGCAGCUUUGUCUGUGGCUGUCCCGCCCACUUUUCACUCAACUUCGACAACAAGACCUGCAGCGCUCCAACUGCCUUCCUGCUCUUCAGCCAGAAAACGGCCAUUAACCGCAUGGUGAUUGAUGAGCAGCAGAGUCCAGACAUCAUCCUCCCCAUCCACAGCCUGAGGAACGUUCGUGCUAUCGACUACGACCCACUGGACAAACACCUGUACUGGAUUGACUCCAAGCAGAACGUGAUCCGCCGGGCCCAGGAGGACGGAAACCAGAGCUUGGUAGUGGUGUCUAGCUCGCUGACUGGACCCGUUCAGGGCCUGCAGCUCUACGACCUGAGCAUCGACAUCUACAGCCGCUUCAUCUACUGGACCAGCGAAGUCACCAACGUCAUCAAUGUCACCCGAACAGAUGGAAGCAGAGUUGGGGUGGUUCUGAGGGGAGAGCACGACAAACCCAGAGCCAUUGUCGUCAACCCAGAGCGAGGGUACAUGUACUUCACCAACCUGCUGGAGCGCUCUCCAAAGAUCGAGCGGGCAGCGCUGGACGGGACAGAGCGGGAGGUUUUGUUCUUCAGUGGUUUGGGGAAACCCGUCGCGCUUGCGAUUGACAACGAGGUUGGAAAGUUGUUCUGGGUGGACUCGGACCUGCGGCGCAUCGAGAGCAGUGACCUCUCUGAGUCCUCCACCUCUCCUGUCUCACCCUCAAUUCCCAGUUUGCUUCCUUCGUCCCUUCCCAUCCUUCAGCCUUGUUUUGUUGUAAUAAAUACAGGAGCCAAUCGGAUCGUGAUCGCCGACUCCAACAUCCUGCAGCCGGUCGGGCUGACUGUGUUUGGCAGCCACCUGUACUGGAUCGACAAACAGCAGCAGAUGAUCGAACGCAUCGAUAAGACGACACGAGAGGGACGCACCAAGAUCCAGGCUCGCAUCGCCUACCUGAGCGACAUCCACGCUGUGCACGAGCUGGACAUGAGGGAGUACAGUAAACACCCGUGCACCUGGGAUAACGGUGGCUGCUCCCACAUCUGCAUCGUCAAGGGAGACGGGACGACGCGCUGCUCGUGUCCCGUGCACCUGGUGCUGCUGCAGGACGAACUUUCCUGUGGAGAGCCUCCUACCUGUUCCCCAGAGCAGUUUUCCUGCACAUCCGGUGAGGUGGACUGUAUCCCUCAGGCGUGGCGAUGCGAUGGCUACCCUGAAUGUGAUGACAGCAGCGAUGAGGAGGACUGCCCUGUCUGCUCCGAGUCAGAGUUCCAGUGCGACAGCCGUCAGUGCAUCGACCUGAGCCUCCGCUGCAAUGGAGAAGUGAACUGUCAGGACCGUUCCGACGAGAACAAGUGUGAAGUGCCUUGUCCUCCCGAUCAGUUCACCUGCAGCAACGGUCAGUGCAUCGGCAAACACAAGAAGUGUGACAACAACAUGGAUUGUACAGACAACUCUGACGAACUCGGCUGCUACCCAACAGAGGAGCCGUCUCCUCAAUCCAACAACACUAUUGGCUCCAUCGUGGGCGUAGUUAUGGCGCUGUUUGUGGUGGGGGCCGUGUACUUCGUGUGCCAACGCGUCCUUUGUCCACAGAUGAAGGACGAUGGUGAAACCGUCACCAAUGACUUUGUCGUUCACGGGCCGUCGUCGGUGCCGUUGGGAUACGUCCCACAUCCAAGCUCGCUGUCCAGCUCGCUGCCAGGUAUGUCCAGGGGCAAAUCUGUGAUUGGCUCGCUCAGUAUCAUGGGUGGGAGCAGCGGGCCCCCGUACGACCGCGCCCACGUCACUGGAGCUUCGUCUAGCAGCUCCUCCAGCACAAAGGGAACCUACUUCCCCCCGAUCCUGAACCCUCCUCCUUCUCCUGCUACGGUCCGUUCUCAGUACACCAUGGAGUUUGGUUAUUCCUCCAACAGUCCCUCGACCCAUCGAUCCUACAGCUACCGGCCCUACACCUACCGCCACUUUGCGCCUCCCACCACCCCCUGCAGCACCGACGUGUGUGACAGCGACUACACACCAGGACGCCGGGCUCCACUAAAGUCCAGCGCAGCCGCCAAGGGCUACACCAGCGACCUCAACUAUGACUCGGAGCCUUUCCCGCCACCGCCGACCCCCCGCAGCCAGUAUCUGUCAGCGGAGGAGAACUGUGAGAGCUGCCCUCCAUCGCCUUACACCGAGCGCAGCUACUCCCACCACCUGUACCCGCCCCCACCGUCACCCUGCACGGACUCGUCCUGAGCCGAGCCCUCCUUCCGCACAGCUCUGCCCGUCACUGUAAAUAGCAAUUGUGCAUAAAAGAGGUUAAAAAUGGGAAGAGAGACUGACGUAGCCGAGGAGGAGCGAGAGGCAGGACACAAAGGAGACAAAGGAGAAACGGGAGCUGCAGAACAUUUGUACAUUAAAAAGAGAAAAGCAUAUUUAUAUAUUUUCUAUACAGUGUUUACUGAUGAUGCCAUAGAGGUUUGUAUUAAGAAAUUUGUACAUUUUUUUUUAAGAAAGGGGUUUUAUUAAAAUCAUCACACGUAUAAGUUGCCUUAAAGCUGGAGAAAAGAGGCCGAAGGACAAUACAACGGAAGCUGGGUAGUGGACAUUUUAAUUUAUUUGAUGCCAAAUAUGAAAAACAGCUGCUGGAGAACAGGACGGUUUGCGGCCCGGACGGAGCCCUGCAGCGACCGGCCAGGACACAGAGUCUCGCCGUGGUUCUGGGUUUCCCAUUUGAAUUGACCUCCCGUUCAUUAAUGAAACACUUUUUGGAUGUGAGUCUAAAAACCAGGAAUCUGGCUCGAAGCAAUAAAAGCAUUAGUGAUCUGCGUAACGAGCCCCAGACAGAAGACGAGCGAAGGUUUCUCCCAGAACGAUGCCUCAGCAAUAAAGAGAAGCUCUGAUGUGAUGGUGCAGGUGAAGUCAGAACCCCUGCUCCACCAGCUUCUCACGCUAAACUCAGACUCUGUGACCAUCAGGGCCUAAAACACUAAACGUCUGUAACGUGACUCACAUCUGGGAUUAUCACAACGUUCUGACACGUUGAAACCAAAAGCGUAGCUUGUUUGGUGCUUGGUGCCCAAAGCUGCGACAUUCAUCCGUUUCCCUCCACUUUCUUCUGCUCCUGUUUCCACGAGGAGGCGGCAGCGCCACAAACACGACCUUGUGCCUGACCAGUUUCACGUUCAUCUUUUUUUUUAUUUUAUUUUUUUUAUCUUUGUUGUUGUUACCUUGGGAAAAGACACAAAGGAUCCAGUGCCCACUAAAUGCUAUAUAGUAUUUUUAUACCACAUUGUGUAGAUAACGUAUUUAUAAGCUAUAUACGAAAUCAUUGUACAUUGAUCCAUUUUUGCAGUACUUUUCAUUCCGCCUUUUUUUAAUAUUGCUUCAUUAUAUUUUUCUAUAGAAUAAUCACUCUGAACGUACAACGACAAUCUCAGAUCCGUCAAAUCGAGGAACAUAUCCAGGUUUUUAGUAUCUGAUGUGUGAAGGACUGUUGUGCCAAAAUAAUCUUUGUUAACCAAGCGAAGGGAAACGUCGGGAGCCGAGUCCAGGCGCCUGAAGCCGGGACCAGAGCUUAUGCCAACAAUCAGUUUUUUAACUCUUGUUCUUGUCUUGUGCUUCUCAUGACGACCAGAAAUCUAUUUUUACACACAACAUGUUGCGUCAUCUGAAGAGAGCAACAAACACCAGCAUGAGUCUGAAGACAAUCUACUGCUUUACAAACACGUGUCUUCUGUCUGGAUGAGACAUUACCAACCCAGAACAUCGUCAGUGUCUCCAAAACCCUAGCUCCUUUUUUUUAAAUCAGGUCUUUUUGUCUACAGUUCUUCAAAUUACAAAAAGUGAGGGAUUUUAAUUUUUACUGAAAUUUAUUGAAUCCCAGAUAAAUCUUGUGAUGGCAGCAGCCGCCUGAAUAUGUGCACACGUGAUGGUUUUUUUGUGCUCCAGUCCUGCAGUUGCAUCGUUGGCAUUUAGCGUCAUGUGUUGGUUUCUUGGUUUUAGUUGAACAGUGAUUUGCACAGACUGCAGUUACAACAGCACAGGUUUCUAAUGAAUUGGCUUGUGCUUUGAGCGUCUAUGCUUCGCAAAAUUGAUAAUCUUGUUUUGGGUUUAACAUCAUCGUUUUUAACAGGCUGAGCACAUAAAACAAUGUGUCUGUUCCUCCAGAGGUCACUUUGAAACUAAUGUCAUGUUUGCAGAGUAGAAAGCUGAAUGUCGUCUGGACAACGCCAAAUGUUGUUGUUGUUGUUGUUUUGAUUCGGGUACGUCAUCAGCCUCGGUACAAUCACUAAUCUGCUACUUCACAUCGUGUGCUUUUCUGAGCUGCACACGUUCAGUUUCAGAAUAUUUUUGGGAGAGGUUCUCAUUCUCUAAUUGCACUUUACAACAUAGUUUUUUUUUGUUGUUGUUGUUUUUUUACUGAUUUCUGUUACAAAAUCCGUUUUUGUUUGAGCGGCAGUGAAUUCAUAUAAAAGCACAUUUUAUUUGUGUUCAGAACAAGAUGACUGAUCUUUGUCUGGUUGCUUGUGGUUUUGCGUUCCCUCAGAUUUCACAUUGUUUUUCUGUGCUUGUUUUUUUUUUUUUUUUUUUUACUCUAUUUGUUCCCUCUUCAUCGGCUGUGACUAAAUUAUACUGGACAAGAUCUGUAGGAUUAUUUUGUGAAUCUGUGAACUCUGACUGGAAUUUCCAACAUAUAAUUUGGGGAAUUGAGUAAUUUCAGUUUAUUAAAUAUCACUUUUAAGACUGAAAAUUUAGUUGGAACUAAACUCUUUUAGUUCUGAGGGGAUAAGUAGAGGGGAAUGAUCACAUGGAUAAUGUUUGAGUUCAAAGUAUUUGAGAUGUGCUUCUGAAACCAUCAACCCCUUAGUGUCCACAGAUAAAAUGCUGUUGUACAUCAGCAGGUGUAUACUAACCUGUCCACCAAUGAAUUAAAAUGAGAUUUUGACAAGA